ACAACAACAUGCAAAUUGAAGGUUGAAUGACAUACAGCAUUAAAGAGUUUGUUCUCGAAGAAAAGCUAGGGUUCCAAAUUCUUCCGCAAGAAUUGAGUUCACGUAGAGUAAAUAAUAUCGAAGAUUGCCAUGAGAACCCGAAACUCCGACACCCAGAAACCAGCCGCGGCGACUAAGAAGACACCUCCGGCGGCCAAGAAGUCGGCCGCCAAGACACAAGCGACGCCGUCAUCUGUGGAGGUGAAGGUCGAAUCUUCUCCAACGCAGACGGAAACGCUGAAGACAGGCGAGGCAAAGCGUGCGUGUGCCGGGAGGACAAAGCAAGUCAGCGUCACUCCCGAUUCGAAGCCAUCAGUUGAACAAGUUGGUCAAGCAUCAGCAGUAGCAAAACCUGUUUCUGGAACAAAAGUAGUUAAAAAGGUUGUAAGGAAAGUGAUCAGAAAAACUCCAGUUUCAGCUAGAGCUGCUUCUGGGCGGACCAACGCAUCAGCAGUAAAUGAGAAGGCAAAGAUUGAAGAAACCACGGAAAAUAGAACUAUAGAGGAUAAAAAAAGUACAGAAGCUUCCAAUGAUGAACCUGCAACAGAUGAAAAAACUUUGGUUGAAAAUGUUGAGCACGCUGUGGUGGAGGAUAAAGACACUAGCGAUAUUGGAAAGUUGUCUGAGAAGGCAGAAGAAAAGGCAAGUGAACCAGAAAUGCAGUUGAUGGACAUUGGUGACAAGUUGUCUGAGACUAUAGGAACUAUGGCUACAGAUGCAAAUCCUGUGGAGGAUCAAGAACCCUGUAUGACUAAUAAAGCAGAAGAGACAAAGGAAGAAAAAGGGUCGCAGUCAAAAACAAUUAGUGAAGGAGAUCCUAAAGCUAAAACUAUUGGAAUUGAAGGAGAAACCAGUCAUGAAGUGAAACAGGAGGAUGCUUCCCUAGAGGAACCUGAUGAUGGAAAGAUUGAGGGGCUCAGCGAUCAAGAGGUUCAUGAAGAAUUUGGUGCAGAAGAUUUUGCUGAUGAUGAUGCACCGCAGAAUGAGGCAGAAGCUGAGACUUUGGAAGAGGAACGCGUGCAGUUAAAUGCUGCUGCAAGGGAGCGUAAGGUGAGGAAAGAGAGGGAGAUAUUUGUUGGUGGGCUGGACCGGGACGCUGUGGAAGCGGAUGUUAGAAAGGUGUUUGAGUAUGCAGGCGAGGUCGUUGAAGUUCGCAUGCAUGUGGAUCCAUCAACAAACAAGAAUAAGGGGUAUGCUUUUGUCCAAUUUGCGACAAAGGAGCAAGCAAGCCGUGCUCUGUCAGAGAUGAAGAAUCCUGUGAUACAUGGUAAGCGAUGUGGGACUGCAGCAAGUGAGGAUAACGACACGUUGUUUUUGGGGAAUAUUUGCAACACCUGGACAAAGGAAGCCAUAAAACAAAAACUGAAGGAUUAUGGAAUAGAAGGUGUUGAAAACAUCACUCUGGUAGCAGAUCCCCGAUAUGAAGGGUUGAGUCGUGGUUUUGCAUUUAUCGAAUUUUCUUCUCAUGCUGAGGCUAUGUUGGCUUAUAAAAGACUCCAAAAGCAUGAUGUUGUAUUUGGCCACUCUGAGAGAACGGCCAAAGUGGCAUUUGCUGAACCUUUACGUGAGCCAGAUCCCGAAGUCAUGGCCCAGGUUAAAUCAGUGUUCAUUGAUGGGCUCCCACCAUACUGGGACGAAGAUCAUGUGAGGGAGAAAUUCAAAGUUUUUGGUGAUAUUGCGCGAAUUAUGUUGGCACGAAAUAUGUCAACAGCCAAGAGGAAGGAUUUUGGAUUUGUUGAUUUCAGUACACAUGAAGCUGCAGUUUCAUGUGUUGAAGGUGUAAACAACAAUGGACUGAAUGAUGGUAACUCAAAGGUUAAAGUGCGAGCAAGACUUUCAAAUCCUUUACCCAAGAUGCAGGCUGUAAAAGGUGGAAUGUGUGGGGGUUUUUGGAUUGCUCAUGGUAGCAGUGGAACUUUUCCUAGAUUUUCUGGAAGGGGUUUUGGACGAGGUGGACGUUCUUUUAACCGAGCAAACAUCCAGCAUGGCCGGGGUUUCUAUCCUCGUGGACCUGGACGUGGAGGCAGGAUGGGCUUUCCCCAUGAACAUGAAAUUGACAAUCCAUAUCCUCCUUUUCAUGGUAGACCUAAUCUCGAACAAGGGGGUAGAUGGGGGUUUAGGGGUGCCGAUCGAGACCCAUCGCCGGUGAGACCUUAUCCUGACAGAGUGAGGCAUGGUGCAAGUGAUAGAGGCUAUGGCGACUAUGAUUCGUAUAGGAGAUAUCCUUAUUCUUUUGAAGAGGGAUAUGACAGAUCAUUCAUGAGAAGGCAUUUUGAUGAACCAUACCCAUAUGAUGAUGCUGCCCAUGGAAUAAAGAGGCCCUAUUACAUGAUGGACCAGGAUUCUGGUCUUGCAGAGCCUAGUAGGCACCGUGCUCGACUGGAUCUGUCAGACCCUGCUGUUCCAUUUUGCGGAACUAGAUAUCGUGAUGAUCUUGGAGCUGAUGGUGGCCUCUACCGCCAAAAUUAUUAUGGUCCUGAAUAUCGAGGAGGUUCAUAUUCAUCGUUUUAUGGGAAUGAUCACACAUAUGGACGUGGUUACUAUUACUAGGCUCAUGGUUUUAAGGUGAAAUCUAAAAGGUUAAGUUUCAGUUGUCUGGUUGAUGAGAAGACACGACUCUGGUCUGGUGGCCUGGAAGAAAAUCUAAUGAUUCCCUUGCGUUUCCUCCCAUUUUUUUUUUCUUUUACUAGUACUUGUUCCAUUCACCUUCAUCGCUGUUCUUUCCUUGCUCGCAGUUCUUCGUUUUGCAGAUUUUAGAUUUCGGUAUAGUGUUCACAACUUUUAGGGCAUCGCUUGUGAAAGGACCUUCGUGUAGAUAACAAUAUUCCAUGUCUAAGAUGCCUGGAUUUUAGUACUGAAUUUUUGAGGUGGAGUCCAAUUGUUCUGCGAGUUUCUUCUGCUUGGGUAAAGCAGUUUGAGGAUGUUGGUUAUACUUUUAAGAUGAGGCGGACUAAUUCUUCUUCUUAUACUUUUCCUGUGGGAUGAGUGAGUGGUAUGACCAUUUUAACUGGAACCUUCGACAGACAAGUUAGGUUGUAAUUUGUUGGGCAGAGUGCAGUCUGAGAUAAAAAAAAACAGUAACCAGUGGUAUUGCUUGAAAUUCUGAUCUUUGAUGAACGAAGCAGGCAUUUUAAGUGAGAAACUGUUGAUUUUUGGAGAUUAUUGCAAUGGAUUUUGGUUGAAUGAGAUAGUGUUUAAGAAAUCCAUCUACAUUGAGUUAGAAGUGAUGAUUGCAAUAUGGAUAUGUUAGUGAUGAAUAUUAUGUAUGUACUUCGACAAGAGGUGGUUAUAUUAUAAGCUGAUAACCAUAUAUAUCCUACUUCACCAAGAAAUUGGUAUUAUCUUCUCAGAGGCCGUCAGGUUCAUAAGACCGUUUCUGGAAAUGUGAUAAAUUUUAUGGGGGAUAUUGAUGGAUCUUUAUGUAAUUAGUGGGCAUCUAACGUUCUGAUGACAGAAAUACUUGAGAGAAGAGCUCCAUGUGCACAUUGAAGGCUUGGCAUCUAAUUGAAAAUAUUUCUUAUUGUUGAAUGCAAAAACUAACCUUUAGUUACCCGGUUUGAAUGGUGCUGUCUUUUGAUUAAAGUGAUAGAUUUUGCCAUCAGUAUCUUUUUUAUGUUAAUCAUAAUUUUAUAGUAGUGUGUAGUUCUAUCAAAUAGAGGCAUUGGCUUUCUUUUGAAUGGGUUUAGCAAUCUAUUGUAUGCUUGAUCUUUUAGCUUUCUCUUUUGAAAAAUACAAUGUUUAGAGGAUGUAUAGUUUCAAUUGGUUUGCAAAAGAGAAACUCUCUUGGUAAUGUAGAUGUUUACUAAAUGGAGAAAUAUCUAUUCCUGUUGAACUGAAAUUACAUUGUGAUUUCUGGGAAUUAGACUCACUGUGACUUGGGUCUAGUAAAGGGGAAGAUUUUAAUAUUAGCUAUUUUCUUCAAGUUAAUUUCUGAUUUCUGUAUAUGGUUUUUGUUGGUCAGCUAAGCUUCUCAAUGCUAAAAAGCUGAUUGCCCCAAGGAUUUACUGACAGCGAUUGAUCCUUUGUUGGAAAUGAUAUAGGAAAGAACUUGGUUAUUUUAGGAUCCGUUUGUUUUGGAUCAACAUUUUAUGCUGAUGUCAUUUCCUAGGUGAUCUGAUGUUUUUUAGGAUUUUAUUGUGGGUAUACAUUGCUCCUGUAGGGCUUGUUAUGAUGUUACAUGUGCUUGGUUGCAUUUCUGAUGUCCUGUCUAUGACUAAACAUAGAUAUAGCCUGCGGAGGCAGUCCAACAAGCCUGCCAUUGAGCUACGACUGGUAGGAAUUAUUUAUGGAGAUUGGCUUGUGAUCCAAAUUACUAGAUUCAAUAGGGAUACACACACACACAUAUGUAUAUGCUUAUGUGAUAAUGGGAUGCUGCCUGAAUUACUAAGAUCAGGUGGUCCUGGGUUGAGGAUGUUCCAGUUUACUGUUGCUUAAGACCCUGUUUGUCUCUCUCCUAUAUGAAAUAUCUCCUGAUGGCUCGAAUUCUAGGAAAUGGGUCUGGCCUUUCUUUUUCUGGAGUUGGGUGGAGGAGAGGACUUGCGUUCCUCAGCCUGAACCAGUCCUCACUGAUAGCAGCAGGAUAAUCCCCUAUUCUUUUUUCCUACAAUGAAGGUUGAUAAAUCUUUUUGUGACACAGGAAAUGAUUGGGAUACAAAACUAUGGGUGUCAUAUUGGUAGAUUAUCUUUUGUAAAUGGGUGAUAGAUCUCGCUUUCCUUUCUUGCUUAUUGGGUCCCACCUGCGGACGCCCAUACUGGCAGUAUCUUUUGGUGUAGGAGAAAAUUAGCUUCUCCCCAUGUUGGGUAUUUGUGGAAACCUUUUGAUGCAAGAAUAAAUAUAAGUUACUCCACUUAUACAGUUCAUCUACUAUUGAGCACUUGCAAAAGUUCUAGCAUUCAACACAUUCUUUGCUACUUUGAUUUGAUUUUGCUGCCAGGACUGACCUUCAUUCUCUGUUCUCUCUUGUUGGCUUUUCUUAUUUUCCUGUAUCUCCAUCUCCUUUCUUUUUCCUUGUGUAAUUUUUAGUCAGCACAAGUAUCAUAUAUGCAGACAUGUAAAUAUACUCGUGCUCUGUUGAUCAAAAACCGUGACAUUCGCCAUAGGUACCUUUCCUUCUCAUGCAUGCAUUUUUUAUUUCUCACCUGUUUAGACAGGCCGAUAUUUGGUUUCUUACUUGGUAAUAAAUCUUGGGAUGUGAUCAUCAUCUUAUACAUUUGAGGGUUCGAAAUAUUGUUUGUUUUAUAUGAUCUGUUUGAAUUUCCAGUUA